AUGUGCGAAGUGAAGCUGAAGCCCGACGUCAUUUCUCUCCUACAAUGCGUUGGGAUCAGCGCGUGCGAGAAGGGCGAGCAGUGGCAGCGGGCGCUGGCGCAGUUGAGCGAGAUGCGGGAGGUGAAGUUGGAACCCAACGUCAUCAGCUACGGCGCUGGGGUCAAGGCAUGCGAGAAGGGUGGGCAGUGGCAGCAGGCGCUGAGCAUGCUCAGAACCAUGCCUGUGAGAAAGGGGAGCGUUGACUUCACGGUCUACGGGAUUGCAGCCAGCAUGUGCGAGCAACGCGGGCAAUGGAGCCAAGUGCUGUCUUUAUUCAGGGAAGUCCAUGUCCUAGCAACAGGAGGUUGA